AUGUUCUAUUACGUUAAAGAGCAUACAUUAUUUUUCGGACGUGGGUACCCCGGGUAUAGAAGAGCAAGAUACAAUAAUGCCAAUUUGAAGCUCCUACUGAAUACGAGAGGAAUGGUUUAUAUAGACAAUUCAGAAGGUGG